AUUAGCUUCUUCUUCUUCAUCACCUUACGUAAACCAUAAUGCAAACUUUGUAUUAAAAUUCUCUCUUUAUUUCGUCCAAGUUUACUACACACCAUGUAGCAAAACAAUAUAAUAGCAAUGUCAUUAGAGUGAUUAGUUAGAUAUAAUUAGAAUGAUGGUAUCAGAUUCCGAAAAUAAUAAACCAAGGAAUCUCUUUCAUAGAAGAAAUCUUAAAUAUUACCAUAAAAGACAGCAAAUACAACGUAUGACUACUUCUUCUGAAGAAGAAAAUGGUUGUUUUGUUCCCAAAAAACGGUUCUGUAUUAAGGAUUUGGUGGCUGAGGUACAAAAAGAUGAAGAAAUUGACAACAAAAGUAGUUCAUCAAACUCUACUGAGUCAAGUUGUGAGAGUACAACUGCAGGAUCUACGUCAUCUCAAAUAUCGAGUCAAGAAUUGAAAUAUGGUUUUAUAUCAAUGAUAGGGAGGAGAAGAGUACUAGAAGAUGCUAUAACUGUGGCGUCGAGAAUUAAUAAUAAUGAGUUUGUUUUUUUUGCUGCAUAUGAUGGACAUGGAGGUAAUAGGGUUUCACAUGCAUGUCGUGAUCAUUUGCAUUAUAUUAUUGAGGAGGAAAUAUUAGAGAGAAAAGGAAGUAAUAAUAAUAGUAAUAUAGAUUGGGAGAAGGUGAUGAUAAAAUGUUUUUUGAAAAUGGAUGAUGAAGUUAUAAAAGAAGAGAAUGAGGGAGAGGUGAAUGAGGAGGAGGGUGGGUAUGAUGACGUGGAAAGGACAGUCGGGUCGACGGCGGUGGUGGUGGUGGUAGGGAAAGAAGAGGUGGUGGUGGCUAAUUGUGGUGAUUGUAGGGCUGUACUUUGUAACCGUGGUGUUGCUAUACCCUUGUCCAAUGACCAUAAGCCUGAUAGACCAGAUGAGAAGAAAAGGGUAGAAGCUGCAGGGGGUAAGAUUCUAUAUUGGAAUGGUAGUCGUGUCCAAGGAGUCCUUUCUACUUCAAGAUCCAUAGGUGACCAUUAUCUAAAACCAUUCGUGAUACCUGAGCCAGAGGUGACAGUGUACAAAAGAAACGAAUGGGAUGAAUUCCUAGUAAUUGCGACAGAUGGUUUAUGGGAUGUAGUUUCAAACGAGCUAACCUGCGAAGUGGUAACGACAUGUCUCGACGGACAAAUUCGUAGAAGGUUCCCGGAGAGAGACCGUGCGGCGGAAGCCGCCGCGCUUUUGGCGGAGCUGGCCAUUGCCAAAGGAAGCAAAGACAAUAUUAGUGUCAUAGUAGUUGAGCUUGAUAAAUCUAGUGACAUUAUAGUUUCGUGAUUUCCCAAGUUUUGUCUUGUUCAAAUUUUCCUACAUUAGUGUGUUUUCUUGGGUGUCUAGUUUGAGAGGUUGAGUGACAAGUCCAAUGUAUAGUUAAGAGUGUUUUAGGUUGGUUGAGCCUUUGAAGGGGGCAUCAUGAGACCAGUCUUUAAUGUAUAUAUGUACUAGAAUGCUUGGGUUAUUGCAAUAACAAUUUGUUACUUAUCCUAAAAAGUUUUUAUUGAUGA